UAUGGGGGGUGAUCACGGCCACGGCAAGCUGUCUAUGCCCGACUGGAGGCAGUGGAAGGUGGAGGGAACGCCGCUGGAGUUCACACAGAAGAGGCUGGCAGCCAGAGGCCUCAAGGACCCGUGGGCACGCAACGAGGCAUGGCGAUACUCCGGUGAAUUCGCCCAGCGUAUUACUGUUGGAAACGUUCUGCUGAAAGGAUUUAAGUUGUCCCACAACCUCACAUCUUAUGUAGUCCAAUAAUAUUCUGUAAUUUCUCUUGAAUUAAAUGCUGUUUUGAUCACCACUGA